UCCGAAUUAUUAAGUUAGGAGCUUUUGUUAGUUUCUUUAUUUUCUCUGUCGAACUGUCCUUAUCAAAGAAAGGUUAUAAGUAGUCAUUACUGGCUAAGAACUCUGAAUACUAAAAUUUCAUUAAAACUGCGAUGAGUCGUCUAAGGGCACUUAUUGGACCGUCAAUUUUAAAUGCGGAUCUCUCUCAGUUAUAUGAAGAAUCUCAAAAACUUCUCAACAAUGGUGCUGAUUAUCUACACUUGGACGUGAUGGACGGUCACUUUGUGCCUAAUUUAACUUUUGGACAUCCUAUUGUAAAAUGUUUACGGUCCAAAAUAAAAGAAGCAUUUUUUGAAACACACAUGAUGGUUCAAAAUCCUGAACAAUGGAUAGUUCCAAUGGCCGAUGCUGGAGUUGAUCAAUACACUUUUCAUAUUGAGCCUGUUAGAAAUGUUGAAGAUGUGUGUAGAAAAAUUAAGGAAAAUGGGAUGAAGGUUGGUGUAGCAAUCAAACCUGGUACCCCUGUUUCAGAUGUUGAAAAGUACAUAGAUCUAUCUGACAUGGUAUUAAUAAUGACUGUGGAGCCUGGUUUCGGAGGGCAGCAGUUUAUGAAAAACCAAAUGGCUAAAGUGCAGUACCUUAGGGAACAAUAUCCAUUAUUAAAUAUUGAGGUAGAUGGAGGUGUAGGGCCUUUAACUAUUAGUUGCUGUGCUGAUGCUGGGGCUAAUAUGAUUGUGUCUGGUACAGCUGUAAUCGGAGCCACAGAUCAAGCUUCAACUAUCAAACUACUUCGUGAUACAGUACAAACUUCUAUUGAUAAGCAUGAACAAAAGUAAUACUAAGUAAAUGAUAAACAAUAAUGAGGUAUCAUUCCUAACCCAGUGAAAAAUGUCUUCCAUUUUUAUAAUAAAACUAUUGAAGUAAAAAGGUUUAAUUUUAUAUUUUAGUCAAAUUUACUUAAAUCUAAAGUACAUUCAGUUCCUGAAUUUUCAGAAACUUCUGGUUUUACAGCAAAGAUCGAACUAGUUGCUAUGCCAGAUUCCUUGAAUAACAUUGGAGGAUUGUUUGCUUUAAAUUUAUUUCGUAAUCCUGAAAGUGUUAUAAGCACAGCUUCUUCUGUACGAAUUGUUCUUGAACCUUGAUUAGGUAACACAUUGACAUAGUGGUUAAAAAGUAAACUGGCUUCGUCUACUUGCAAUUGUUCAUCACUUUCUAAAGCUGCUUCUAUACCAUGUAAUCCUCCAAAAACUAUUAAGGCAUGAUUGUAAUUUAGUUCUUUAUCAGGUAUAUCAUCCAUAGAUGUUCCUCUAUCCGAAGUACCAAUGGUUAGAUCAUAUCUGUGCAAUAAAUAAAUCUAUAUAAUAUAAUAAAGUAAUACUAUAAUUUAAUCAAAACUAAAGAGAUUAUAUAACAUACCCAUCCUUAUACGGUGAUUGUGUAAAAACUUGACUUAAAUUAUUUGCAAUUCUAACAGUGUAUCCCCAAUAUACACCUGUUUCGGCUCUUGGUGUGGUAAGGCUAACAAUUUUACCCUUAAGCUUUUUACAACCUUCUGGAGUUGGCAACAUUCGAACUGUAACUCGAAUGCCUGGAUUAAGUAAUUUGUCUGUUGAAACAUCUUGAAGAAGACCAACAUUCACUUGUGAUCCUCUACCAGGUUUCACUUUUUUGUUCAUUGUUAUACCUUCC